AUGCAUAUAAGUACAUCAUCAGGUCUUCAUGUUCACACGUCGGCUCUUCUUAAGGAUAUCUUGGAUCAGAGUUCCGGUAAAAGCCAGCCAAUAAAUGUCAUGAUUGAUAGUAACUUAAAGAAAAAGGUUUCAGAAAAUAGGAAAAAAUUAGUUCCAGUAGUUGAUACCAUCAUUCUUGCAGGUCGCCUUCAAUUACCACUUAGAGGUCAUCGCGAUGAUUCUCAGUAUCAUCCUGACGUUGGUAAAUAUUCUGAAAAGCAUGUUUGUAAUUUUAUUGAAUUAUUAAACUUCCGUGUUCGUGCUGGGGACACCAUUUUGGAAGCCCAUCUUAAGCAUCAUGAUAAACAUACCUCCUACAUCUCUAAAACUACUCAGAAUGAGUUAAUUAGGUGUUGUGGUCAAUUCUUCACUGAACUGCUUCUAGUUGAAGUAAAAAAGAGCACGUUUUAUGCAUUGAUUGCAGACGAAACAUGUGAUAUUUCUAAUGAAGAACAGAUGUCUUUGGUUUUGCGUUUUGUUGACGAGGAGUUCAACAUAAGAGAAGAAUUUUUUCGUUUCAUUCAUUGUAGUGAGGGUAUGUCUGGGAAGAACCUUGCAUCUAUGAUUUUGAAAUGUUUAAACGAAGAGUUGAAUUUAAACAUUCAGGACUGUCGUGGGCAGUGGUAUGAUGGCGCAGGUGCUGUUGCUGGAUGCAUUAAUAGUCUUGCUGCUAGGAUUAAGAAUUUGAAUGGGAAAGCCAUUUACACACAUUGUUUCAGUCACAGAUUAAAUCUUAGUAUUUGUGGGACUUGUGCUGUUCAGUAUGUAAGAAAUGUUUUGGAACAUGUGAAGGAAGUUGCUAACUUUUUUAACUCUUCCCAAUGCAGACAACUAAUUUUGGAGAAAUGCAUUAGAGAAAACUGUCCAGAUUCUGCAAAAAAGAGAUUGAGAAGUGCUUGUAAGACAAGAUGGGUCGAGCGUAUUACUAGCUUAGAUACUUUUGAAGAACUGUAUGUUGCUAUUGUUUUUCCUUGGAAGAAAUGA